CUGUAGGAGAGACUGUGAGGACUCUGUAACUAUGGGAGAGAUUGUGGGGACUCUGUAACUGAAGGAGAGACUGUGGGGACUCUGUAACUGUGGGAGAGACUGUGGGGACUCUAUCUGUGGGAGAGACUGUGGGGAGUCUGUGACUGUAGGAGUGACUGUGGGGACUCUGUGACUGUCGGAGAGACUGUGGGAUGAUUUCACACUGUGUGCCCACACUGGCUGGCAUUACCAGUCAUUGGGAAUGAGUACAGGAAUCAGUGCCUCAGAGUCUGCAGCUCGAUCCUGGAGCUCACCGGAAAGAUCAGUCUUGAGACUCCCUGACAUGAACUGAAGACUGUGUCCUCUGGUUCUGCAGGCUCUGGACAAGGACACCAUCAUGCUGUUCUUGUUUCUAUGCCUCCUUGCAGCUUUCACUGUAGCUCUGAAACCUUCCAUCAAAUCUUGCUCUAGGGACCAGAAUAACCUAAUUUGUGUGAAUCGCAAUUUUACUGAGAUCCCCCAAGUGCCAACAGACAUCGUCCAGCUCAACUUAAUCCAAAACAGAAUCAGGCUUAUUGAAGAGACAUCAUUUUCUCAGUCACUCGCUCAGCUCCAGAUUCUCUUAAUUGGAUUACAGACAGAGCCGCCAAUGCGUGUGGGAGCAAGAGCAUUUACCAACCUUCCCAAUCUGAUUUACCUCGAUCUGGGAGGAAAUAAAGAAUUAGACCUGGACGUGGAGGCAUUUGCUGGGCUACACAAACUGGAAUUCCUUUAUCUUGACUACAACGGUCUGACUGACUCGAUCCUGCAACAUGGAUAUUUUAAAUAUUUAACCUCACUGCACACCCUCAGUCUUGAUGGAAACAAAAUAAAACAAAUCAUACCAGAUUCAACAUUUUCCAACCUGAACACUUUGAGCAAUGUUCAUUUUAAGGCAAAUGACAUUCGCCAGAUUUGUCAGAGUGAUCUGGACAAUGUCCGACCGAGAUAUUUUAAAACAUUCAGCAUCUCCUCAAACAGACUCUUGUACAUAAAUGAAAGCUUUGAUUGGAAACAGUGUGGCAAUCCUUUCAAGGACAUAUUGCUGUACACGUUGGACAUUUCAGGAAUUGCCCUUAAUGUCCAUCAGCUAGAGAAGAUGUUUAUAGCUAUGAAAGGAACACUAAUUAUCCACCUGAAGAUGCAAUAUCUGUCCACCGUUGGGAGUUCAUUUGGUUUUCAUAACAUAGAAGAUCCAAACAAGCAGACACUGGUUGGUCUCAGUGACAGUUCUGUUCUGAAUCUGGAUAUGUCCCACGGCUCCAUCUUUACACUUGUAACCCAAGUAUUUUCACACUUACCUUCCUUACAGGUACUUACAUUAUCUUUCAACAAGAUCAAUCAGAUUGAAAAGAACGCAUUCUUUGGCCUUGACUCCCUUCUCCACUUAAACCUUUCCUUCAAUCUACUGGGGGAGAUCUACUCAUCGGCCUUCGAAGAUCUGAGGAAUGUCACCUUAAUUGAUUUGCAACACAACCACAUUGGAAUCAUUCAACAUGAUUCGUUCCAUGGACUGGAUCAGCUGACGACAUUGAAUCUUCGGGACAACGCACUCUCGGUUAUUUCCGGCUUUCACUAUCUCCCAAAAAUGACUUAUUUCUUAGUGGGUCUGAACCGACUCACAACAGUUUAUGGCCUGGAGGCACUUUCCAUGAGUACCUUUCUUGAUUUCUCGAACAAUGCCUUUUCCAACCUCAAUGUUUUCUAUACGAUCAUGCACCUUCCUUUUGUGAAGCAUCUUUUGUUGAGGGAAAACCGUAUCUCGAUGUGCACACCUGGCCGGACUGAUAUCAUUCCAAAAAACAACCACUUAAUCCACCUGGACCUGUCCAGUAACUUCCUCGAGUUGGUCUGGAUAUCGAAGCAGUGCUGGGAAGUGUUCCAUAACCUGACUAACCUAACUGUCCUUCUUCUCAACCAGAACUAUCUCACCCACCUCCCCCAAGGUAUUUUUAAAGGUUUGGAUUCUCUGAAGAGACUCAAUUUAUCAUCGAACUCUCUGACCCAGCUCAGUCAGGAUCUGUUUCCUGGUUCUCUUGAAACUCUCGACCUAUCUAAAAACCGUCUCAUCUCACCCAGUCCAGAUGUGUUCAGUUUUGUGAGUCACUUGGACUUGAGGGAAAACCAAUUCAUCUGCGAGUGUAGUCUCAGGGCCUUUAUCGAAUGGCUAAAUAGCACUGAGGUGGUCUUGGCAGAACCAUUAACAGAGAUGUACUGUGUGUCUCCAGAAAAUUUACAAGGGGUACCUCUUAUUUUUCUAAACACUGAUGGGUGUGACGAAGAUGCUAAUGUAGAGCCGAUACAAUUUGCUCUCUUUGUCGUCUUCACGACCACGUUACUGAUUCUCAUCUCCUGUGUUCUUCUCUACAAUCACGGCAGAGGUUUAUUCUUCAUCUGGUACAAGAGAACAACAACCAAGCUCAUUAAUGGUCAGAGGGGAGACGGGGAAGGGAAGGACUACAGGUUUGAUGCCUACCUCUGUUUCAGUAGGAAUGACAUUGAGUGGGUGAAGGAUUCCCUUCUGCAGUUUUUGGACUCUCAGUUCAAUGGGAAGAGCAGGCUUCAAAUGUGCUUUGAAGACCGUGACUUCAUUCCUGGUGAGGAUCAUAUCACAAACAUCCGCGACGCCAUCUGGAGCAGUAAGAAAACGGUCUGCAUUGUGACCAGGCAGUUCCUGAAGGACGGCUGGUGUGUGGAAGCCUUCAAUAUCGCACAGAGUCGCCUUUUCCAUGAACUGAGGGAAGUGAUGGUUGUGUUGGUGGUUGGUCGGCUCCCUGAUUACCAGCUGAUGAAGUACAAGCCCAUCCGGGCCUACAUCCAGAACAGGCAGUACAUGCGCUGGCCAGAAGACCCACAGGACCACCAGUGGAUCUUAGACAGACUGACCGAUCAAAUUUCACAAGAAGCCAAAAGGAAAACAGAGAAACCUUUCAGCCGCCUGAAUUUCUUCAGAAGGAAUAAGGCAAACGACAACAUCAGGUUGCAACAGAUUGCGACGGUGGCGAGAGACACCAUCAUGCUGUUCUUGUUUCUAUGCCUCCUUGCAGCUUUCACUGUAGCUCUGAAACCUUCCAUCAAAUCUUGCUCUAGGGACCAGAAUAACCUGAUUUGUGUGAAUCGCAAUUUUACUGAGAUCCCCCAAGUGCCAACAGACAUCGUCCAGCUCAACUUAAUCCAAAACAGGAUCAGGCUUAUUGAAGAGACAUCAUUUUCUCAGUCACUCGCUCAGCUCCAGAUUCUCUUAAUUGGAUUACAGACAGAGCCACCAAUGCGUGUUGGAGCAAGAGCAUUUACCAACCUUCCCAAUCUGAUUUACCUCGAUCUGGGAGGAAAUAAAGAAUUAGACCUGGACGUGGAGGCAUUUGCUGGGCUACACAAACUGGAAAUCCUUUAUCUUGACCACAACGGUCUGACUGACUCGAUCCUGCAACGUGGAUAUUUUAAAUAUUUAACCUCACUGCACACCCUCAGUCUUGAUGGAAACAAAAUAAAACAAAUCAUACCAGAUUCAACAUUUGCCAACCUGAACGCUUUGAGCAAUGUUCAUUUUAAGGCAAAUGACAUUCGCCAGAUUUGUCAGAGUGAUCUGGACAAUGUCCGACCGAGAUAUUUUAAAACAUUCAGCAUCUCCUCAUACAGACUCUUGUACAUAAAUGAAAGCUUUGAUUGGAAACAGUGUGGCAAUCCUUUCAAGGACAUAUUGCUGUACACGUUGGACAUUUCAGGAAUUGCCCUUAAUGUCCAUCAGCUAGAGAAGAUGUUUAUAGCUAUGAAAGGAACACUAAUUAUCCACCUGAAGAUGCAAUAUCUGUCCACCGUUGGGAGUUCAUUUGGUUUUCAUAACAUAGAAGAUCCAAACAAGCAGACACUGGUUGGUCUCAGUGACAGUUCUGUUCUGAAUCUGGAUAUGUCCCACGGCUCCAUCUUUACACUUGUAACCCAAGUAUUUUCACACUUACCUUCCUUACAGGUACUUACAUUAUCUUUCAACAAGAUCAAUCAGAUUGAAAAGAACGCAUUCUUUGGCCUUGACUCCCUUCUCCACUUAAACCUUUCCUUCAAUCUACUGGGGGAGAUCUACUCAUCGGCCUUCGAAGAUCUGAGGAAUGUCACCUUAAUUGAUUUGCAACACAACCACAUUGGAAUCAUUCAACAUGAUUCGUUCCAUGGACUGGAUCAGCUGACGACAUUGAAUCUUCGGGACAACGCACUCUCGGUUAUUUCCGGCUUUCACUAUCUCCCAAAAAUGACUUAUUUCUUAGUGGGUCUGAACCGACUCACAACAGUUUAUGGCCUGGAGGCACUUUCCAUGAGUACCUUUCUUGAUUUCUCGAACAAUGCCUUUUCCAACCUCAAUGUUUUCUAUACGAUCAUGCACCUUCCUUUUGUGAAGCAUCUUUUGUUGAGGGAAAACCGUAUCUCGAUGUGCACACCUGGCCGGACUGAUAUCAUUCCAAAAAACAACCACUUAAUCCACCUGGACCUGUCCAGUAACUUCCUCGAGUUGGUCUGGAUAUCGAAGCAGUGCUGGGAAGUGUUCCAUAACCUGACUAACCUAACUGUCCUUCUUCUCAACCAGAACUAUCUCACCCACCUCCCCCAAGGUAUUUUUAAAGGUUUGGAUUCUCUGAAGAGACUCAAUUUAUCAUCGAACUCUCUGACCCAGCUCAGUCAGGAUCUGUUUCCUGGUUCUCUUGAAACUCUCGACCUAUCUAAAAACCGUCUCAUCUCACCCAGUCCAGAUGUGUUCAGUUUUGUGAGUCACUUGGACUUGAGGGAAAACCAAUUCAUCUGCGAGUGUAGUCUCAGGGCCUUUAUCGAAUGGCUAAAUAGCACUGAGGUGGUCUUGGCAGAACCAUUAACAGAGAUGUACUGUGUUCCAGAAAAUUUACAAGGGGUACCUCUUAUUUUUCUAAACACUGAUGGGUGUGACGAAGAUGCUAAUGUAGAGCCGAUACAAUUUGCUCUCUUUGUCGUCUUCACGACCACGUUACUGAUUCUCAUCUCCUGUGUUCUUCUCUACAAUCACGGCAGAGGUUUGUUCUUCAUCUGGUACAAGAGAACAACAACCAAGCUCAUUAAUGGUCAGAGGGGAGACGGGGAAGGGAAGGACUACAGGUUUGAUGCCUACCUCUGUUUCAGUAGGAAUGACAUUGAGUGGGUGAAGGAUUCCCUUCUGCAGUUUUUGGACUCUCAGUUCAAUGGGAAGAGCAGGCUUCAAAUGUGCUUUGAAGACCGUGACUUCAUUCCUGGUGAGGAUCAUAUCACAAACAUCCGCGACGCCAUCUGGAGCAGUAAGAAAACGGUCUGCAUUGUGACCAGGCAGUUCCUGAAGGACGGCUGGUGUGUGGAAGCCUUCAAUAUCGCACAGAGUCGCCUUUUCCAUGAACUGAGGGAAGUGAUGGUUGUGUUGGUGGUUGGUCGGCUCCCUGAUUACCAGCUGAUGAAGUACAAGCCCAUCCGGGCCUACAUCCAGAACAGGCAGUACAUGCGCUGGCCAGAAGACCCACAGGACCACCAGUGGAUCUUAGACAGACUGACCGAUCAAAUUUCACAAGAAGCCAAAAGGAAAACAGAGAAACCUUUCAGCCGCCUGAAUUUCUUCAGAAGGAAUAAGGCAAACGACAACAUCGGGUUGCAACAGAUUGCGACGGUGGCGAGAUAAGCAAUCCUGUGUGUUGUCUGCAGGAGAUGGUGGCUGCAUGCCAACUGCGAGAUUAAACUCCAUCUCCUUUUGAGUGGCUCUUCCAUCCUCUGACAGCAAAGUACACCAUCAAUAGGUGACCGUGGCUUUAACACGUGUCUACUGUAACAUAACGACUACCUCAACAAAUGUGCUUCAGUAAGAUACAGGUCAGGCAGCCUGCUCUCAACCUCCCAGUACCCUCUGAGUUCCAGCCCCACCCAGCUCCCGACCCACCCCGACAGAGACCAGGAGAAGAACGCACGGCCAACUCAUUUCAUAUCCUUUUUGUUAAACGGUCUCAGCCUUCAUCUCCUACCUCCCUCAGACAGGUCCUCCAACAGAAAUAACACAAGGAACUGGGGGAUGCUGGAGACCUGAAACAAAGGCAGAGAUUACUGGAGAAAUUCACCAGCUCUAGCAGCAUCUGUGAGAAGGAAGUCGAGUUUGAACAUUUCAGGUCCAAUUCUGAUGAAGAGCCACUGCUUCCUUCCCACAGAUGCUGGGUGUCUGCAGGAAGUUCUGUGCUGUUCCAAAUUAGCCAUUCAGACAGUCUGCACUGCCAGGGCACUGUCAGGGGCACUGUCAGGGGCACUGUCAGGAACACUGUCAGGGGCACUGUCAGAGGCACUGUCAGGAGCACUGUCAGGGGCG